AAUUGCCGCGCCCAGAGGAGGGGCCCCGGUCGCCCUCGCCCGCCCUCUUUCACAAGGAAGCCAGGGAUGGAGGCUGAGCGCUGCGGGCCGGGGCCGGCACCGCCGCUGAUCCCCUCCUCCGGUCCCCCGCGUGGCGAUGAAGCUGCAGCCCCGACCCUCGUGGAGACGCACGCGGGGGCCCAGGACUCAGCCGGGCCCGCGAUCCUCCCCUCGUCCCCGGAGCUGCUGGACUUUGACGACGACGAGGACCUGGAAGUGUUCAGCAAGGACACAUCACUGAUGGAGGUAAAUUCAUUCAGUCCUUUGAUGCCAACAUCUCCUUCUUCGAUGAUAAACCAGUAUAAAUUUGAAGAUGAACCAGAAUUAAAGGACCUUUUUGUUACAGUUGAUGAUCCAGAAAGUCACAUCACUGUCAUCGAGACAUUCAUCACCUACAGAGUUGUUACAAAGACAACCCGUGGUGAAUUUGACUCCAGCGAGUAUGAAGUUAGACGACGGUAUCAGGAUUUCCUUUGGUUAAAGGGAAAACUUGAAGAAGCACAUCCGACAUUGAUCAUUCCUCCAUUGCCUGAAAAAUUCAUAAUGAAAGGAGUUAUGGAACGAUUCAAUGGCAAUUUCAUUGAGACUCGAAGGAAAGCACUGCAUAAAUUUUUAAAUCGGGUAGUUGAUCAUCCCACUUUAACUUUUAAUGAAGAUCUGAAAACUUUCCUUACUGCUCAAGCCUGGGAACUUUCCUCUCACAAGAAGCAGGGGCCCGGUUUGUUGAACAGAAUGGGACAAACGGUCAAAGCGGUUGCAUCCUCAAUGCGAGGAGGAGCUGUGAAAAACCGUCCUGGUGUGUUCACAGAAAUGAGUGACUACGUGGACGUGUUUAGCCAGAAAAUCAGUCUCUUGGACAAAAUUUCGCGUAGAGUUUAUAAGGAAGAAAAAGACUACUUUUAUGAAUUGAAGGAAUACAGCCCAAUCCACACGCUUUGGUCUGCUUCUGAAGAAGAUCUAGUAGAUACCCUGAAAGGGGUUGCCAGCUGCAUUGACCAGUGCUCCAAGGCUAUGGAGAAACGGAUGGCAGUUCUUUCUGAAACCCUGAUCCCUACCCUACACGAAUACGUGCUCUACAGUGAAACAUUGAUGGGAGUCCUGAAAAGGAGAGAUCACAUCCAAGCACAGCUUGAUUCCAAAGUUGAAGCUUUGUAUAAUAAAAAGACAGAAGGUGAUCUGCUCUCAGAAGAGAUUGGAAAACUUGAAGACAAAGUAGAGUGUGCCAGCAAUGCACUGCAGGCUGACUGGGAUAGAUGGAAAGAAAACAUGUGCCUUGAUGUGAAGAUGGCGUUUAGUGAUGUGGCUGAAAACAAUAUCCGGUAUUACGAACAGGAUUGCCAGCCUCCAGGUAGAGUCUGGAAAUCUUCUUGAACCACAACGGAUCUCCCAACUACAGUAUCUUAUUCCAGUUCAUGGAGAUAAAUGUGAGACAAACUGUUUUCUGGUACGCAGUAGUUGUCCAUUCUUGCCUGCUUUCUCCACUGUUUCUACUACCAUCAACAUUGUUAAUCAAGGCACAUUUGGAUCUGGUCAGCCAUGUUUGUAGGAUGGUGACCACUGUGGAUUGGAGUCCCCAGAGCAGACUGCAUUGAUUAGAUAUGCUUUGCAAGAAUAAUCAAUCCCUAAAACAAGCACCACAAAGACAUGGGCAAAAUAUGAUGCAGUCCUGGUUACAAUGACAACAUUUAAACAGGCUUGCAUUUAUCAUUGGCAAGAGAGAGAUUUUCAAAUUAAAAUCACAGUGAGUGGCUCAUCUUUGAAGCAGCCAUGUAGGGAAGCUGUUCAAAGCGAAGGUUUAAAACCUUGUUUAUUUACAUAAGUUAUUCAAUUUUUAAAGCUUAUUCUCGUUUAUGUAACCAAAUGUGUGUUCCAAAAUUCAGAUGUUCCUGUGCCUUAUUUUGUUGUCAGUGAUAAGAGUGCUGCUUCAGCUGGCAAGAUAUAUAAUUAACUACACCAAUACAAAAGUAGGUCUCUGUGCCUCAGGCUCUGGGUCUCUCUUCUGCAAAACAUCAGUGGCAGAAGUGAUGCUACUUUUGAAGCAUGCCUUUGAGCUGCUCUGAAAUGAUUAUAUUUGUGUCCGUUAGCAAGGAAAAAGAGGAUUGAUUCCAAAUAAAGGAUCAUUAGCACAGGCUAUCCAGAGAGAGACUAAAAUGUUAAGAGGAGGUUUAAUUUAUGUAUAUAGGAUUGGAUUUGUAAUUUGGAAUCUAAUUACUCAUAAAACUGUUAUGGGUCACAGGAAAAAGAUGUCUGCACACAAAUGAAAAGGCAGGAGCUGGCCUGAUACUAUGCAUUGCUUUUAAAUAUUGCUGUGAAUUAUACAUCUAAACAAAAACAUCAGUUUCAUGAAAAUUAAAAAAAAACCCUGGGAAAUGUUUCAGUACUACACACAGCUGCGUGUAUGGCUCAUUAGCAAAUAUGAUAAUCAUACAAUCAUCAUGUUGGAAUCAUUAGCAGAGACCAUGAAGCAUUUAAGAUCAUGAAGUUGUUUUUUGUCUCCAAUAAUCCAUGCCAGUACAGGAGAGAACUGCAGCCCUUGUUACAAGUGGACUGGACUGGAUGAAAUUCAGCCUAUGCAAGAUAGAGAUCAGUGGAGAGAAUGAGAGCAUACCUUUUCUUCCCAUUUACCAGGCAUGCAUAUACUGCCUCAUUGCUGCUGUUCAUGGGUUCCAUAUUCCCAUAUUUUAUACUAGCAGCAAAGCCCAUUGUUAGGGAGAUGCAAUGGGCUCUAGCAAAGGGUGGAAGAGGAAGCAUCUCCCUCUGCAAUGGGCUUUACUGGGGCUGUAGCGUCCCCUUCCCCACUCCCGGCACAACGCUUACCUAUACAAUACUUGACAACAAUACUUGACAAACACAACAAUAGCAUUGAACAAUAUUAUAAGAUGAAUUGUAAUGAAAUUGAAUAGAAAAAAGUCUGCAGUGGUGAUUACUAUUAUAAAUAUAUAAAAAUACUUCCUGAGUAUUGAACAUUGAGUUCACAUAUUAUUAUCUAUCCCUGAUAUAUUUAACACCUUUUUAAAUACAUGUCAAGAUGAUUAUUCAUCAUUCAUAUUUAUCAUUUCAACAGCAUGUUUUCUCCCCAUUUUUAAGGAAUAAUAUAAUUUGCAUGCUUUCCAUUUGAGUUCAGAUUUUUUUAUUGGUCUUUUAUUCACAUAGUUCAUUAAUUUUGCCAUUACUGCAUAUUGCUCUACUUUGCUUUCCCAGUCCUCCCUGCAUGGACACUAUUUUGUUUUCCAUUUUGUUGCAAAUGUAACUUUGAUAGCCAUUAUCAUAUGUAUAAAAUCUUCCAAAUUUUUGGGACUAUUUCUGGCAGAAUGCCCAAUGGCAUACUCUUGGCAUCUUCAAUAAAUUCAGUUCUUUAAAGUUUCUGGAUUUCAGCAUGUAAUUCUUUCCAAUUUUUUGUCAUUUUGCACAGUAACCUCAUAUGAUAAAGAAUCCACCUCUUUACAUUUUCAUCAUUUCCCUUUACAGUUCUUAUCCAUCUUUCAAUAUCUCUUGGAGUAAGACACCACCGAUAAAACAUGUUAUAACAGUUUUCUCUCGAUAUUUGACCUGCUGAAAAUUUUAUAUCUUUCUUCCAUAAGGUUUCCCAUUGUUGGAGAGAUAUUUCUUACUCAAAUUUUUGCAUCCAUUUGACUGUACACAAUUUUCCUGUUCUUUUUGCUGCAUUAUCAACUUUUUAUAUUCAGUCAUCUCCCUUAUUAUACCUCCUGCUGUGUGAAUGUCCCUU